AUGGCGUCAUCUUUACCGAGCUCUUCGUCACCAGCCGGAGCCGUGCCCAGAAGUCGGCAAGGUUUGGGAACGCCACGGAGUGCAAGGGGAACACCACGGAGCGCCGACAUGGCGGCCGGGGCGGAUGAGGGGCGGCGGGCACGUAGUGCCAGCCUGGCCGGUGGCCGCAGUGACGAUGGGCAGAGGAGCCCGGGCCCUCGAUUGGACCGGAGCUCCAGCUCCUCCUCCACUUUUCUCGCCAUCAACUCGAGUUCGGAACGCCGGCUGCGUCGAGCUUUGGGCUUUCGACACCUCCCCGGACCCGACAUCAGCACUGCUGCGCUGGAGGCGGAAUCCCCGAGGGUCUCCACCUCGCCGGCGCCGCUGAGCGCUCGGCUCCUGCCACGCCCGGUGGAUUCCGACGAGUACCUUCCAGUAGCUGAGGAUGCUGCGCUCGAUGCAGAAGACGUGCCCACCCUGGAGGUCAAGGAUGCCGAAUCGCCUGCAGCUCCAGAGAUCCAAGUUUCACCAAAUUCCUUCUCGGCGACAACAGCCACGAGUAUGGAGGGGCUCAGUUCCUGCUGGGGGCUCGGGACACCAAGCUCCCGGCCCCGCGUGGUGCGCGAGCGGCCGCGGCAAACCCCGCCACCGCCCUCGCCGCCCGCAGUGGGCUCUACGAGUCUGCCUCUCCACGAAAUGUACGAAGUCUUGCUCGCCCAAGAGCAUCAGAUCUGCAACAACAAGGCCCGGGUCUCCGCGCUGCAGCAGAUGCUUUUGCAGCAGCUGGAAGAGCGCAAGAAGACAAAGUCUCUGAAUGCCGAGAUCGCCAAGCUCUCUGCAAAGCAAAAGGAGAUGUUGGCACUCUCCGAAGAUCAAAAGGUGCAGCUCCACAAAGCGAAAUUGCACCGCCAGGCUCUGUAUCAGGAAGUGAGGCGGCUCAGGGGCCCCGGGAGGAGGCGGGCCUCAUCGGUGCCCAACGGCAAGGCCACGAAUGCCUCGAUGGAGGCCGUGCCUUGCAAGAAGGACGAACGUGGUAUCGCUCAGAAAGGCAAAUCUGCCAUCCCGGCGCGUCGGAACAGCUCGCCACCGACGAGCCCCGACUCCGGACCAGGUCCGCAGCGCAGCUCAUCGGCUGCUGCACUCAGGGGGCCGAAACAGAGCAAGAUGGAAGGGACAGAAGGACAACCUGGCACUGAUAGCCCUCGCAGCCUUCGCCGAGGUCGCAGCACCUCAGCCACGACACUGCACAGGAGCAAGGCUUUCCUCCUGCCUCCGGGAGCCAAGGCUCCAGCGCCGGCAUGUCAAGGCUUCCCCGGUCGCUCGGAGACACAGCGACGGCGUAGCGAUGGCGACCUCGUACGCAACCGAUGGCGCAGAGGUGACGUUGCACGUCUCCAGCUGCAGGAGCUGCACGAAUCGGCGCAAGUGGAGGAGCAGCACUCAGGUCGUAGCUCCUCCACGGCCGGGAUGAGCAGGAGCAAAUCGUCUGCCAAGACGUCAUCGGCACGGCCCUGCCCAGGUGAUGUGGAACAUCAGCUGCAAGAGCUUGAGCAUCAGCUGCAAUGCAUAGCGGACGCGGAGGAGCGGGAGAAAGGUCGCAGCUCCCCCCGCUCUCCAGCAGCCGCGAUGGAAAGGAGUCGGCCUCGGGCCAAGACGGCUACGGGACAGGUGCCCCAAGGCACCUCGGCUCGCGCAGAGGCGCGACGACGGCGAAGUGAAGGUGAUGCUCAGACGCUUCGCCCAGAGGCGGCCCAGGAGGAUGGCCAAAAAGGUCAGAAAACUGGGGCUGGGCCUUUGCCACACAGAGAGGGCGAGGAGGAGCAGCCCUCCAAGCUGCAGUUGCCGCUUUCCGCUCGAAGUACAGCGCUUCGCCCGAGAGAGCUGCCAAGCAGCAGCCCAACGAAGGGGAAGGAGCUGCUGGCCGCCUCAUCUCCGGAUGGUACGCUGACGUCCCCGCACUCGCAGGAGGAACUUCUGCAUGCCUCCUCCAGCUUUUUCCGCCUGGGAUCUGAGGUUCCGCUGGUGGCCAGCCCCGUGUCGCCCGGAGCAAGCGAGCAGAGUUUAUCUCUGCGGGCCCGGCAGCUCGUGAAGGGGGAG